GCCGCGCCGCGGCCGCCGCCUCCUCGCUCAGCGGCCGUCAGGCGCCCGCCGCCGCCUCGCCGGGCUCCCCCGCCCGAGCUCGGCAGCCCGGCAGCCGGAACCGAGCCAGCGGGGUCCGGUCGGGCCGGGGAGGCGCCGGGACCGGCUCCGGAAUCGGGCGAGGGAGCCGGGAUGCUGCUCUCGAAAAUUAACUCGUUGGCCCAUCUCCGUUCCGGGACCGGGGGGGAGCUCCACGCCGCUAAACUCCAGCCCGGGAAGGAGCGGGAGCCGCUGGAGAGCCUGUACCGGGUGGGCCAGCUGCUGGGCAGCGGCGGCUACGGCUCGGUGUACUCGGGGGUCCGCCUCUCCGACAGCACCCCGGUGGCCAUCAAACACGUGGCUCGGGAGCGCAUCUCCGAGUGGGGCGAGCUGCCCAACGGCACCCGCGUGCCAUUGGAGAUCGUCCUGAUGAACAAGGUGGGCUCCAGCUUCCACGGCAUCAUCCACCUCCUGGACUGGUUUGAGCUGCCUGACGGUUUCCUGCUGGUGCUGGAGCGUCCGGAGGUGUCGCAGGACCUCUUCGACUUCAUCACGGAGAGGGGGCCGCUGUCGGAGGAGCUGGCGCGGGGGCUUUUCCGCCAGGUGCUGGAGGCCGUGCGGCACUGCAACAGCUGCGGCGUCCUGCACCGAGACAUCAAGGACGAGAACAUCAUCAUCGACCUUUCCACCGGGGAGCUCAAGCUCAUCGACUUCGGCUCCGGCACCUUCCUCAAGGACACGGUCUACACCGAAUUUGACGGAACGCGCGUGUACAGCCCCCCAGAGUGGAUCCGCUACCACCGCUACCACGGCCACUCCGCCACCGUCUGGUCCCUGGGCAUCCUGCUCUACGACAUGGUGUGCGGGGACGUCCCCUUCGAGCAGGACGAGGACAUCAUCCGGGGACAGCUCUUCUUCCGGCAGCGCAUCUCUCUAGAGUGCCAGCACCUCAUCAGGUGCUGCUUGUCCAUGCGCCCCACGGACAGACCGGCUUUGGAAGACAUUUUCAACCAUCCUUGGCUGCAAGAUGUCCACCUGCCCCAGGAGACAGCAGAGAUCCACCUGCACAGUCUGAUCCAGGAGCCUGGGAAGUAACAGCUCCACGUGUCUCCUGGCCACUGGAAGAGAAGAAAAGCAGAAGUCUUCCCCUUGGCCGUCGCCCUGAGCAGACAGGAACACGCACAUCUCUCCUGGAGCUGCGCUGCAGACCUGGUCUUCCAAGUGCUGGUGGCUGCCAGCCAAGCCAGCUGUCCUGGACUCCAUCUGAAUGACCCCGUCUCUCAUUUGAUGUUUUGCCAGUAAGUUAUUUUUUAUGGCUUUGGUUCUGGUUUCGGAGGCUCCCAAACGUCUUCUUGACCUGCUGCAAUCAGGACGGCGAGAGGAUCAGAGACCUUACUGGAGAAAAGCUUCAAGGGGAGAACUGCCUGGGGGGAAGGGGGCGGUUGCUGCAGCUGAGCCGCGUCUCUUGUCUCUUCUCAUGCUGAGUGCCUUCAGGUGUGACCUGGGCUGUGCUGGAGGAACUACUUGAAUUGUCCUGCGCUGCUGCUUUCCCAAGACUCGCCUGGGUGUAUAAUUCCUUUUCCAAAAGCAAACAGGGCAGGAGAUGUUUGGGAGCCAGGUGCCGCUGCCUCCCGUGCCUCCAGCUCACGUGGAUUGUCUGGGUUUCUUUUGCUUCCCUGUGCCCUCACGAAUGCACAAACAAUGCAAACCAACAGAGCUGUAAAUAUGUACAAAGUUGUAGAGCAGCCGAGUUCGAUGACAGUUGUUCAUAGUGGUGCCAUUUUACCUUUUCUCUCUGUGUUUUUUCUUUCCCCCCUCCCCCCCAGCUGUUAAUUUAUUUCCAUCCACGUGUCUUUGUUUUUUAAAGGCAGUUCUAGCCAGUAGGGUAAGUUAUUUAUUUAUUUAUGACCCACGUGGGGUUUGGACCCACACCUUGCUCAUCCUGCUCAUCCCCCAGGUCUCCGUGCGGGUCUCCCCUCUGUGUGUGUCCCGUGUCCAUCCCCAGGCCCGUGGUGUUGGGCGUGUGCUGGAGGUGUGGAGCGGCUGCCUCGCUCCCCAGCUGCCUCUGCACCUACUGCUGCUGGCUGUUGUUUCCUCACCACAUGCAAAUCUCAGUUUUCGGAUGAGUUUUGGUGUUCUCCACGGGUGUCUUGGUUGGGGCUGGGGAGGGGAGAGGCCUGGGCUGUGUGGUGUGUCCGUGUGCCCGCCGGGCCCUUUGCUCACAGCUGAUGUUGUUACAGGGAAUCCACAAAUCUUAUUUUUUUAAUGCGGUUUUAAUAAAUAAAUAAAAACUGAAAA